CUCCUCGAAAAGCAGGGCGCGUUCGAGGUGCGCGGCCGGCCCAUACCCACCCCGGGCACGGGGGACCUGCUCGUGAAGGUCCCGGCGGUCUUGCUUAAUCCUCUCGAAUACAAGAUACGCAAGUACGGAUUGGAGGGGUUCUUCGAAGGGUACCCUAUCAUCCUGGGGUCGGACGCGGCUGGCACGGUGGAGAAGGUAGGAGAGGGCGUGGAGGGGUUCGCGGUGGGCGACAGGGUCGCGCUGCAGACUCCGUUUAAGAUCGAUGGCGCAGGGUUCGAGCAGUGCGCGCUCGCCCAGGCUCGGUUCACUGCUAAGAUUGCACCCAAUGUAUCGUUGGACGAAGCCGCAACGCUGCCCAUCGCCGUGUCGACUGUUGCGAUUGGGCUGUUCGGGACCGUCAACUACGAGGGCCCUGGCGGCGCCGGAAUGACCGCCGGUCGCGAUAAGUAUGCUGGUAAGCCCAUCCUCGUAUUUGGGGAUCGUCCUCCGUUGGGCAAGUCGGUAACCGUCCAGGUGGCGAAGCUCUCGGGAUUUGAGCCUAUCAUCGCGACCGCGUCGCCGCAUAACGAAUCCCUCGUGCGUUCUCUGGGUGCGACACACUUCGUCGACCGGAGC